CCUCAUCACUAACUUUGAAUCUAUCUUACUUUAAAAUCCAAAAAACUUGUUACAAAUAAAUAAAUAGAGUGCAUUACAACAAAAAAUAAAAUUAAGAGUGAAGAAACAAAAUCAAAAACAAAAGUUGAAGCACAAAAAAUAUCAAGUCAUGGGUUCCUUAAUGUCUGGAUGGGAUUCCCCGGUUCAAGAUCAAAAAUAUGUAAAAUUGAUGAGAAACAAGUCACUAACGAAAGAGGGCAUUGAAGAUUAUUGGAAACUCAGGAAGAAAACAGAGGAAGAACAUCUUAAAGCUGUUUCUCCUAGAGUUCAGGAUAUAAUUAAUGAAGAAUCUGCUCCAAAUGAGCUUAAAAGAUCGACUUCGUUGCCAAUGAUUGAUAGAAAGAGUAGUAAAAUCAUUGUAGGCAAGGAAUCUGAUGCCGAUCUUGAACAUCUUAAUGGCUGGUGGACAAGAAGCAAUUGGGCAUUCCUUAACGAGCCGCCGGUAAUAGAAGGAGAAGUUCCCAAGUACAAGUAUGCCGCACAGUAUCAUGUUGCUAGGUUAGGAUCAACUAAUCCAGAUACAAGAAUCAGUAGCAUGUGAUUAUACUUUUAAGUACGAGGUUUUUGAUACAAGUGCUGUUUAUGUUGUAAAAGUCCUUUGUAUGAUAAUCCAAGUUGUUGGAGAGUCUAUUAGAUCCUAAUCAAUGUACUAGGCCUAAGGGUGUUAUGAAAAUGUUGUCAUCACACUAUAGUUAUGAAUUUAUGAUACAUGACUAUAUGUGUAUGAUUAGUGGUCGGUGUGUAACAAAGAUGUAUUUUUGUUUAGAGUAAUUUAAGCGUCUAUUAUGUGUCUGUAAAUGUCUAAUAUAUACUUUUACUGCGUAUUAAUUAGUUCUAUUAAUAUACAAGUACGAGUAUGCCUUAUUA